GGUUUAAAGCCAUCGAUGGCACGCGGUGCCUCCUCACUUCCUGGUUGAAGAUGGCGGAUGAGAAUGAGACAGCACCGAUGCCGGAGAAAGAAGAUGUAGAGGACCACGGACACUGCAGCGACUGUGAAAAUGAAGAUCACCACUUUGACGACGGUGACAGAGGUCUGGGUGAUGACACUGGCGCUAAGAAGAAGAAAAAGAAGCAGAAAAAGAAGAAGAAAUCUGGUGCCACAGAAGCAGUUCAGGACCCCCUUGCCAAGGUGAAUUCGUUGCCCGCUGAUAAACUACAGGAGAUCCAAAAGGCCAUUGAACUGUUCUCUGUAGGCCAAGGCCCCGCCAAAACCAUGGAAGAGGCAACUCGGAGGAGUUACCAGUUUUGGGACACACAGCCCGUGCCCAAGCUAGGGGAGACCGUGACAUCGCAUGGCUCCAUUGAACCUGACAAAGACAACAUUCGUGAAGAGCCAUACAGCCUCCCACAGGGCUUCAGCUGGGACACCCUCGACUUGGGGAACCCUGCUGUGCUGAAGGAGCUUUACACGCUUCUGAAUGAGAAUUAUGUUGAAGAUGAUGACAACAUGUUCCGAUUUGACUACUCCCCUGAAUUCCUGCUCUGGGCCCUGCGACCCCCUGGCUGGUUGCCCCAGUGGCAUUGUGGGGUGAGAGUUAACUCCAACCAGAAGCUGGUAGGCUUCAUCAGUGCCAUUCCUGCUUCCAUCUGUAUCUACGAUAUCGAAAAGAAAAUGGUUGAGAUCAAUUUCCUCUGCGUCCACAAGAAGCUUCGCUCCAAACGAGUUGCCCCAGUCCUGAUAAGAGAAAUCACCAGACGGGUCAACCUGCAGGGGAUCUUUCAGGCUGUCUACACUGCUGGAGUGGUGCUGCCCAAACCUGUGGGCACAUGCAGGUACUGGCACCGCUCUUUGAACCCACGCAAAUUAAUCGAGGUGAAGUUCUCCCACCUGAGCAGGAACAUGACUAUGCAGCGCACCAUGAAGUUGUACCGCCUGCCUGAGGCUCCUAAGACUCAAGGUCUGCGGCCGAUGACCAAGAAGGAUGUGCCGGUGGUGCAUCGCCUCCUGCGUGAAUACCUGAGCCAGUUCAACCUGGCGCCUGCCAUGAACCAGGAAGAGGUGGAACACUGGCUGCUGCCCCGGGAGAAUAUUAUUGACACUUACCUGGUGGAGAACAAUGGUAAGGUGACUGACUUCCUGAGUUUCUACACACUGCCUUCUACCAUUAUGAACCACCCUGUGCACCGCAGUCUAAAAGCGGCAUACUCCUUCUACAAUGUGCACACCACCACCCCCCUGCUGGACUUGAUGUCUGAUGCCCUCAUCCUGGCCAAAUCGAAAGGGUUUGACGUCUUCAACGCACUGGAUCUAAUGGAAAACAAGACAUUUUUGGAGAAGCUUAAGUUCGGCAUCGGUGAUGGAAAUCUACAGUAUUACCUGUACAAUUGGAAGUGUCCCAGCAUGGGUUCAGAAAAGGUUGGGUUGGUGCUGCAGUGACAUCCCUUUACGCCACACACACAAGUGUCACCAACAGGCCAGGAGACCACACCAUCGCACUGACCACCUGACGGAUGGACUGACUUCCUGCUUCAGGAACUGAAAACCCACCGCCCAUUUUUACUUUUUUGACCUUUUGAACUUUGAUCUGCACUACCGCUGCCAGGCGGGGAGGCAGGGAGAGUCUUCGUGCUCUUCCUUCUCCCUCGAUCACAUGGACCUUAAGCCAAUGUAGUUACCAUCCCAAACAACUGUAUUUCAUCUGAGAGCUGUCUUGAUUGUACCAAACACACAUACACACAAGAACAGUUUGCACAAAUACCAAGCACUCACUGUUGGCAUACCUACAAAAACAUACAAUACAUGUAAAUAAUAUCAAACAUUACUGCGGAUUAUGCCCUAACACAUACAAACUAGAACAUACGGUUUUAUUUUAUUCCUAAACGUUGGAAGUGCUUUUUGCAAUUAAAAUAAAUCUGUCAUCCUUCAGUUUUAGAGAUAAACAAAAAUGAAAAAUCAAAAUGAUGAAAAAAUAUUUUAAAGAGGAAAAGGUUAAAAAAGGUGAGGUAAUAAAUACCAAAAGUGGACACCAGAUAAGGGCUUCUGUUAAGAUUUCUCUUGUCAUGCUUGACCCUGUGUCUCUUUUUAAAAAAAAAAAAAAAAAGAAAAUUUUCAUCAGACCCUUUGUUCUGUCAAUCAUUAUGGAGUUGUUUUAGCACUGCUUGAAGAUUUUUAUGCCAGAGUUGGCAUUUGUCUUAUGGAGUUCGUCUCAUCUGUCAUGACCCUCCUCCCCAGUUUACUGCACUAACAGAAGACUGAUUACAAUGGAGCAGCUCAGUUGGAAACAAAAAAAAUCAGAAUGGUUGCAGACGAGAACACAUUUUGUCAGCAGGGAUCAGAUUUUUAAUGACACCUCUUGAUUAAACUGUGUCCGUUUCAAUGUCCACCCUUAUGCGCUCUCAGGCUGGAAAGGUCUGCAAACACUUCAGUUGAGGUGGGAAAUGUGCCUGAGCGUUAUUUCGAAGACUUGUUGAGUUCAGGAUUCUGACUUUGCUUGAGGGAAUCAAGUGUUGAAAAUAAUCAUGAACAUUAAUAUAAGAAAAUAGAAAAGCUGAUAGAUCUAGCAAAAGUUUAAAUGCACACGGCACCUCCUGUGUUUAGUUCUUUGCUGUAUAAAGGCAUGAUCAUGGU